UCCUCCUACCCUGCACUGACUGAAGCUGGGUCACUGCUUUCUGCUACUGUUGUGGUUCAUUUCAGAAAUGGCUCACACCUGACUGCUCUCGAUCAAUAGUUUCAGCCCGUGUCGCUGAGGGAAUGGAGAUUUGUGGUCUCUAGCUGCUCUUUCUUCGGUGUUAGCCUGCGACCAGGAGUUCACCAUGAUGCAGAUGACCUUUGAACUGUCAGACAGCGUGACGCUCCUGUUUGACUUCUGGGAUGUACAGGGACCUGCAGGAAUGCUGUUGACGGUGUUCGUGGUCUUCUUGCUCACCGUCUUCUACGAGGUGCUCAAAGUGUGGAGGGUUUGGAUCGGGGUGAAGACAAAGAUGGCUAAACAUCAGGCUAUGUACGCCUACCCUCCAUCAGCACGCUGCGACAACAACUCUGUGCUGGAGAACAGCCCGUCUGAAUCCUCGCUGACCCCCAUAGACCCACCACCUUCAGAUCCAAACAGACACAGUUUCCUGAUUCACGUUCUUCAGACGAUCCUGCACUUGCUGCAGGUGUCUCUGGGCUACAUGCUGAUGCUGUGCGUCAUGUCCUACAACUUCUGGAUCUUUAUCGGUGUCGUCAUAGGCUCCACCCUCGGUUAUUUCAUCUCUUUCCCACUCAUUGAUCAGAUCUGAUGGUACGGAAGAUUCAGACAGGACUUCUAUGUUUUUGCUGUAAUAAAUGGGGAAACUCACACUGA